AGCAAUUUUCCCACCAUACUUCACACAACCAAAAAUCGAUACACACAGAAAUGGGAAAGUCAUUCCUAUGGAUGAUUGUCUCACUUUGUCUAGUGGCUGCUGUUGCCACGGCCCAACAAUGUGGCCAGCAAGCCGGUGGCGCCACCUGCGCGAACAACCUUUGCUGUAGCCAAUAUGGUUACUGUGGUACAACCGAUGACUAUUGUUUACCUUCCAAUAACUGUCAAAGCAAUUGCAACUCCGGCGGUGGCAGUGGUGGCGGAGAGAGUGCUACUAAUGUGAGAGCCACGUACCACUACUAUAAUCCUGAGCAGAAUGGAUGGGACUUGAAUGCUGUUAGUGCUUACUGCUCCACUUGGGAUGCUGGCAAACCCUUGGCAUGGCGUAGCAAGUAUGGCUGGACCGCCUUUUGUGGCCCUGUUGGGCCGACUGGCCAGGCGUCCUGCGGCAAGUGUUUAAGUGUCACAAACACAGGCACCGGAGCUCAAGUAACGGUCAGGAUUGUUGAUCAAUGCAGCAAUGGAGGGUUAGAUUUGGAUGCCGGUGUGUUCACGACACUAGACACAGAUGGAAGAGGAUAUGCCCAGGGCCACCUUAUUGUGAACUAUCAGUUCGUGAACUGUGGCGAUUGAUUAUUCGUUACAGAAAAAUAAAUAAAUAUAUCAAGCAAUACUCAAUUGCUAUUGGUGUUCAAAGUUACCAAAUAUCUAAUUUUGCAAAACAAAUCAAUGCCUAAGAGCUUGUUGAAUAAUAAAACACUAUGAAUUAUGAGCUCAAGUUGUUAUGAAUAUUGCAGGAUUCUAUGUCAUGUUAUAAUGAGUAGUCAUUGUUAAAAUCCUCAAAGUUUUUAUUUUUUAUUUUUUGCACUUGGAUUUUGUAAUUGUCACCUCCCAGUUGAUGCAACACAGUAAUAAAAUGACGUGUCCAUUUUUAUUGUGCCA